CUCCUCCCCGGCUUGACGCCAGUCUGCAACAGCCCGCAGGCCAUCCGCCUUCCCUCCCGAUCGCGAAGCUUGGCAGCAGGCCAAACCAGCUCGAUGGACGAGCACUUUGAGACUGCGACGGAAUUGAUGUCCAAGGCCGCAGUCGGCGAUGGCGCCGAUUUCGAGGACGAAUUCUCCCAGCCCGACGCCCCCGGCAAGAUUGUGCAGAUCACGGAAGAUGGCGGGGUGAAGAAGGAGGUCCUCCAGCCCGGCACGGGCUGGGAGGAGCCUGAGGCCGGCGACAAAGUGCGGGUCCACUAUGUGGGCACCCUGGAGGACGGCACCAAGUUCGAUUCCUCGCGGGACCGGGACGAGCCCUUUGAGUUUGACCUGGGGCAGGGCAGCGUGAUCAAGGGGUGGGACCUGGGUGUGGCCACGAUGAAGAAGGGGGAGGUCUCCAAGCUGACCAUCACAGCCGAGUACGGCUACGGCGCCAGCGGCUCGCCGCCCACCAUCCCCGGCGGCGCCACCCUGAUUUUCGAGGUGGAGCUCCUGGAUUGGAAGAGCGUCAAGGACAUUGCCGGGGACGGCGGCGUGAUCAAGACGGUGGUCCAGGAGGGAGCGGGGUGGGCCAAGCCGCAGGCACGGGAUGAGGUGUGCGUGAGGUUCAGCGCCAGGGUGCAGGGCGCAGACGCCCCCUUCUACUCCACCCCCGAGGAGGGCGAGGAGUUUUGCCUCACCGACACCCACUUUUGCCGCGCCAUCGGCACAGCCGCGGCAACCAUGAAGAAGAAUGAGGAGGUGAAGCUAGUGGUGAAGCCAGAGUACGGGUUUGGCGCUGAUGGCCGGGGCGCCGAGGUGCCACCUGGCGCCACUCUGGAGGUGGACCUCACCCUGCUGGGCUGGAAGAAGGUGGAGAAGGUCACAGAUGAUGGGCUGGUGAUGAAGAAGACGCUGGCGGACACAGAGGACUGGAAGCGCCCAAAUGCUGGCUCCCAGGUGACCCUCACCUACGCCGCCCGCCUGCCCGACGGCACCGUGUUUGACGAGCGCACAGCAGACGCGCCGCUGCAGUUCACCACAGACGAAGACCAGGCGCCGUGCGACGGCCUGGAGCUGGCUGUGAUGAAGAUGAAGGAAGGGGAGCGGGCGCUGGUGACGGUGGCCCCGCAAUACGCCUUUGGCGACCAGGGCUCGGCGCAGCCGCAGGCGCAGGUGCCUCCCGGCAGCAGCGUGGAAUAUGAUGUCACUCUCACCAGCUUUGUCAAGGCCAAGGACAGCUGGGAGAUGGAAGUCGGCGAGAAGCUGGCCGCCGCGGUGGUGGCCAAGGACAAGGGCAACGCGGCGUUCAAGGCGGGGCAGUACAGCCGGGCGGUACAGCGGUACAACAAGGCCCAGGAAAUCAUCGAGUUUGACGAGGGCUUUAGCGCCGAGGACAAGCAGGCGGCCAAGGCGGUGAAGAAGAGCUGCAGUCUGAACCUGGCGGCGGCCCACCUCAAGCUGGGCAACCCGGUAGAGGCCCGCAAGGCGGCGGACAAGGUGCUGGAGGCCGAUGGCUCCAACCCCAAGGCGCUCUACCGCCGUGCCCAGGCCUGGCUGGCCACCGCCGACUUCACAGAGGCGGAGCUGGACAUCCGGAGGGGCCUGGCAGAGGACCCGGCCAGCUCCGACUUCAAGCUGCUGCUGAAGAAGUUCAAGCAGCAGCAGGCGAGCGCGGGCAAGAAGGAGGCGAGCCUGUACUCUGGCAUGAUGCGGGCGCUGGGGCGGCCCGGCGGCGCCACCAAGGCGGCCGCGGCGGGCGGCGCCGGGGAUGGCGGCGCCGGGGGCGACCCGGCGCCCGCCGCCGAGAACGAGGCGGCCGCCGCCAACGGGGACGGCGGCGGCGCGGCGGCGGCGGCGGCAGAACCGAUGGAGCAGCCUUGA